AUGUCAACUGAUAAGCAAAUCGAAUGGUCUGAAGUAGCCCAACACAACACUGAAGAAGAUUGUUGGAUUGUUGUUAACAAUAUAGUUUAUAACGCUACCUCUUAUUUAAAUGACCAUCCUGGUGGCCCUAUUGUGAUUACUAAUAGAGGUGGUAAGGAUGCAACUAAAAAGUUUUAAGAAGCUGCUCAUUCUGAAUCCGCCCAAAAGAAGUUAUAAACUUUCGCAAUUGGAAAAAUUGCUGACGGAUCUACUCCAUUACCAGGUUAAUUAGAUGUUGAAGGAUCUGGUAGUCAAACAUUAGUAGGUUUAGUUGUAGUUGGCAUAGUGAUAGCUUUCUUAUUAUAUACUUUUGUCUUCAACCAAAACCCUUCUUAAUGA